UGCUGAGGUUUCACCCGGACGGUAUUUUUCGCGCACAGUAUCGUGGAGCUCUGUUUUGAUCAGUUUAAAAGCUCCAACUCACUUUUUGCCAUUUAAAUGGCUGCCAAAAGUCAAAUAUGCUCAAUAUGGAUAGGAUCCGAGACGGGGAUAUUAAAAGGUGUGAGUCUAAGCAAAAAACAGGCGUUUAACUUUUGUGAAGUGAGCCACUUGAGUCGUGAUCAGGAGGUGUGUGUGAUGGCCUGGGGAGAUACAUAUGAGUCUGAGGUGCUAGUGGGGUGUGUAAACGGGACCGUGAGGACCUUCAGUACGGAUAAGGGGAUCUUCACAGCAAGCAGGGAAUGUGGGGAACCCUCACAAGGCAGAUUCACAGGGCUGGCUGUAACUGACAGUUCUUGGAUCACUUGCGUGGAGUCUGGAUUGGUGAAGGUGUGGAAGGAAGGCAGUACAGAGUCAGACACAGUUGAGAUAAAUGUUGGCCGUGGAAUUUGCAGAAUGCGACAGAACCCGUCACAGAAACAUCAUGUGGCGACAGGAGGGAAGGAGAAUCCUCUCAAAGUCUGGGAUCUAGAGAAACCCGAUAAAGCAAUAUUUACAGCCAAAAAUGUUGCCCAUGACUGGUUGGAUAUGCGAGUACCCGUAUGGGUGAGAGACAUCGGCUUCAUCCCAGACUCAGAUAAAAUAGUAACAUGUACUGGACACAGACAGGUGCAUGUGUAUGACCCCUCGACCCCUCAGAGGAGGCCUGUAAUGGAGGCAAAAUUUGGAGAGUACCCGCUUACAGCUCUAUCUCUUCCUGCCAGCCAGGGCACCGUGGUGGUGGGUAACACUCACGGGGAACUUGCAAUCCUUGAUCUCCGAAAAGGGCUCGUGCGUGGGUGUCUCAAGGGUCUGGCUGGGUCAGUGCGGGGGCUACAGUGCCAUCCAUCCCUUCCAUUAGUUGCCUCAUGUGGUUUAGAUCGUUUUCUAAGAGUACACAGCCUGGAGGACCGAUCUUUACAACACAAGGUCUAUCUGAAGUCACGACUCAAUUGCGUCCUGCUCUCGAGCCGAGAACUGGAGUCAUCUAUUGAUGUUACUGGAGAUGUAGAGGAGGUGAAGGCGGAGGACGAAAAGGAUGAGGACGAAGUUUGGGAUACCAUGGAAACGGUUACAGAGAAAUCCAAAAAGAGGAUUGCCCAUGAAGAGGAAGAAGUAGUUACAAGAGGAAAAGAAAAAAAGAAGAGAAAAGUAGCAAAGAAGUGAUACUAAACUUCUAAAGGACUUUUUUAUUUUAUAUCCGGGUUCCUUUAAUGGGAACAGUGUACCGACAGUAGCCAAACAGACAGUUUAAUGUGUCUUUAUAAUAAUGCUUACUGUCAUUACAAUUUUUCAUUUCAUCCCGUGAAAUGCUUUUGAACAUUUGUGGAGUUUUUACCUCUCAAAUGUGAAGUAGCGUAUGGAUCAGUUUUUGUAAAACUGAAAAAAAAAGAUAAAAAGAUUAAUUUUUUCCCAUCUACCAUUGCAAUUCUGAAUUAACAGAAUUAUUUUAUGUAAUGAACAGUUUGUAGACGCAAAGGAAUAAAAUAUGAACUUAAGCAUA